GCGCUGUUUUCUUGUCAAAUCCGGUCAUGAGUAGGGACGCGAAAGAAGCGAAAAGGUUGGCGCGACAAUGUCGCCUGAACAGUCGCAGGGACAUCUCGAAAUUCACCCUGGAGGACCUGGUGGCGAAACAUCUCUCCGACGACCUAAUGGAAAAAUUCAAAAUCAACAAAAGUCACCGUGAAACUUUGAAGAGUUUCCAAUCCGAGUACUGUAAAAUGACCAAACUGAAGGAGUACCGGAGAAAGUUGACUCCCUUAUUCCCCGAGGUCCCCAGGUACAAUACCGCUUAUUGUACCUUGAGGAGUUGCGCCGAUCAGUGUCCCACUAUGAAAAUGUCUUGGUUCCAAGAACUAGCCAUACGUAAAAAGAUUCAAAAAAAGUCCCUGGAAGCGAAAUACCCUCAAAUAAUCGACGGAAUAAUGACAGAAGCGAAAGAACAUUUCGUCCAAGUGACCCACUCGGCAGGAGUGAACCUGAAGGUCCUCACGAGGGGAGGAGAAGAGGGCAGAUUCGUGAUCCCCCCUUACAAAUACUUGGGCAGGACCGAACGUUACGAGAAUUUCCUGCUGAUGCGGGAGGAAAUGGCCACGAAAUGGCUACUGCACCAUCAUUUGGUGCGCAGGAUUCUGCACGAGUGUGUCGUUAAUUUGCCUGAAUUAUUAUGCAAUAUUAGCAAUUUAAGAAGCAAACCGAACGACAUAAGAGAACUGGAAGCGAUUUUCAAAAAAUGCGUGGAAGAAGCGGAAAACUCCAUGAAAAAGCUGCACAACAAAGUGGUCGAAAUCGUCGAACACGACCGGACAAAGUCGAAAAUGGGCCCCGCGGUCUACUAUCGGAUUUUGCGCACUUGCAACGGCCUAAUGUCCGUCUAUUUGGGUCAGGCCCUGUAUAGGACCAUCGGUCACAUAGUCACAGUGACCGGCAACGAGGAUCUGGUCCCCUACUUGAAAUUAUCGAUAAAUUAUAAAGAGAAUUUAGUCCUACAGCCCACCUCCGAGGACCUGAUCAUAAUUUACAGCCUGUUCAUUUCCAAGUUGGUGGAUAUCGCGAAGAAGUUUCUGGUGUUGGAGUAUUUCCAGAAGAAGAACUACGGAUUGAAGUAUCUGUACGUCAACGUCACCGAUGACUUCGUCUUUGAAAAGAUUAAACAGAUGGCGAGCAAUAUUGCAGCCCUGUACGUUCCUAUACGGGUGUACGUUAGUAAACUCGACCAGGACUUUUCUGCCAUUUAUACAGACCUGGGGGUGUUAAGAAACUUUACCGAGACGUCCGACGACGCAGAAGCAGUUGCAAAAUUCAAUUUCGGCUGCGAACAAAUUCAACACUACCAGGACUACAUCAGGAAGGCGAGCAGCAUGCUGAGCAGCGAGUAUUUUGCCAUCGGUCAACUGAUCCUAUCCGAAUACGUCAUCACGAUGAAGGAGUCCCUCGCCCUGGUGAUCGAGAACAUUUUUAAGGAACUUUGCGGCAUUCACUUGAUGGAGGACGAUAAGAUAUGUCAAGCGUUCGAGGACUUAAAGGCUUACGCUCUGAGUAAACCGUCUACUAGUGAGGACUUAAUCGCCCAAGGCAAAUACAUGAUAUGGGUAAAGACGGUUUUACUGCACGAGUUGAGGGAACGCAUCGAGCUCGCCUUGACAAACAUUACCAAACUAGUGGAGUACGGUACACUGACCAAGGAGCAUAUGGCCAUGAACGCUUACACGGUGCAAUGGCUUAAGAAUAUCGAGCCGAUAUUGGACAUUAACUCGAGCAUGUACGAACAAAUCAAGUUCGAAUAUGAGGAACGGUUGCAGGCCACCAUUAAAUACGUUAACACUACGAUAGAGACCUUAAUGCCUAUGCUAGCUUGCGUGGACGAAAUGGACGAUUUCGAACGUUGCAGAGAAUACGUGAACUAUAUCAAAGUUCACCUGGUGGUCCUGAAGGACCUGAGGGAGAAAAUCACGUGGAUAAUCAAAGAACAGUUGUGCCUAGGAUUCAAUCCGAGCAGUUUUAAGAGCGUUGAUGAGGUGGAAAACUGGUUAUACCCAUUUUUCCACUUAUUAAAGGUCUGCAUGAACAUCCGGAGGCACAUUAACGUGUGGCUAGACGGUCAAUUUGAAUUUCUAAACAGCGAGGAGGUAGAGCAAAAAGUGGAGGAAUACAUGAAGGAACUGCUGAAGAUACAGAAAACUUAUCGGAUUAAACUGAGGCAAACCAAUACGGAGUUUAACCAGUUGAGGUUCUUUGGGGCCCUGGACGAUCCCGAUUUAUAUGCCUGGCCCUCCCCGUUGAAGUUAACCGCCCUAGGGAUUCAGACUUUGAAAGACUUUAGGCCCGCGAUGACUUUGAUUAGGAUUAUGUGCAACGAUGCUUUGAUGAAGAGACAUUGGAAAGAAAUGAGCGCAAUCGCUGGAUUCGAUCUCACCCCGAACGCCGGCACGUCCCUAAGGAAACUCACCCAAAUGGGCCUGGAAGGAGAUUUGGACAAAUAUGACGUCAUUAGUUCCGGUGCCACCAAGGAGAGAGAACUCUACAAAAAUUUAAUAAAAAUGCAAAAAGAGUGGGACGACAUCAUGUUUAAAACCGGACAAUUUAAGGACACCGGAGUGACCAUUUUAACUGCCUUGGACGACAUCCAGGUUAUUUUGGAUGAUCACAUACUGAAAGCCUUAACGAUGAGAGGGUCGAUCUUCGUAAAACCGUAUGAAACCGAGGUGAGAGGCUUUUACGAUAAAUUAGUGAGGAUUAAUUCGACGAUCGACGAAUGGGGCAAAGUGCAAUCGCAAUGGCUCUAUUUACUGCCGAUUUUUUCAUCUAAAGAUAUCGUGGCUCAGAUGCCUGAAGAGGGAACGCUAUUUAAAGAGGUAAACGACACGUACAAGAGAUACAUGGAUGUGGUGUUGAGAGAUCCGAGGGUGUUCGUUGUUGCCGGUGCAGAAGGCGUCUUGGAAAUUAUGCGACACUGCAUCGAACUGUUGGAGAAAAUCAAUGAGGGGGUUACCAAUUAUUUAGAGAAGAAGAGACUUUUCUUUCCGAGGUUUUUCUUUCUAUCCAACGACGAAAUGCUGGAAAUCCUCUCGGAAACGAAAGACCCCCUCAGGGUGCAACCGCACUUAAAAAAAUGCUUCGAAGCCAUAAACAAGCUCCACUUCACCGACAAACUGGAAAUCCUCGGAAUGUACAGUCAGGAAAACGAAAAAGUGAACUUUAGGGCCCAAGUGAACACCAAAGAGGCGGGCGGGAGCGUGGAGAAAUGGCUGGUGCAGGUCGAGGAACAAAUGGUCGUCUCCGUUAGGGACCAAAUUUUAAAAAGCUAUAAGAACUACUUCCUCAUACCAAGGACCCAAUGGGUGCAAAAGUGGCCGGGACAAGUGGUCCUAUGCGUCUCACAAAUACACUGGACCUACAACGUCCAUAAGGCUCUUAACAACGAGGAAAACCUCACCGUUGCCACCUUUUUCGAGAGCCUCAGGGUCUCUCUGAACAACAUCGUGGCCUUAAUACGUGAUCCCAGUUUAACCAACUUGUCCAGGAUCACUGUUAAGGCCUUGAUCGUAAUUGACGUCCAUGCCAAGGAUGUGGUUGUGGUGGAGGAUUUGCUGAAGAAGAAGGUGGAAAACGACAAAGAGUUCAAAUGGUUGUCUCAGAUGCGGUAUUAUCUAGAAGAGGAUGAAGCCUUGGUCAGGCUUAUUAACGCUACAGUAAAGUAUGCUUAUGAGUAUUUAGGUAACUCCGAUAGAUUAGUAAUCACUCCAUUAACGGAUAGAUGCUAUCGCACGCUAAUUGGUGCCUACCAUCUUCAUCUAAAUGGGGCUCCGGAGGGUCCGGCCGGAACUGGAAAGACCGAAACCACCAAAGACUUGGCCAAGGCUCUGGCCGUACAGUGUGUCGUCUUCAAUUGCUCUGACGGUCUGGAUUAUAAGGCCAUGGGAAAGUUUUUUAAAGGAUUGGCUUCCUGCGGGGCUUGGGUGUGCUUUGAUGAGUUCAACCGUAUCGAUAUCGAAGUAUUAUCGGUGGUAGCUCAACAGAUUCUCUCGAUAGUGAUGGCGGUCCGGGCGAAUUCGUCAAAGUUCAAUUUUGAGGGAACCGAGAUCAGUUUGAACCCCGCGUGUUACGUGUGCAUCACCAUGAAUCCCGGGUAUGCCGGUCGAUCCGAAUUACCUGAUAAUUUAAAGGUUUUAUUCAGAACAGUGGCGAUGAUGGUGCCAGAUUACGCGAUGAUAGGAGAAAUUUCUCUGUACUCAUACGGUUUUGAGGAUGCCAGGAACCUUUCGGUGAAAAUCGUCACCACUUACCGGCUCUGCUCUGAGCAGUUAUCCUCUCAGAACCACUACGAUUACGGCAUGAGAGCGGUAAAAUCUGUCCUGUCAGCGGCAGGUAAUAAUAAGAGAAAAACCCCCGAUGAAAACGAGAAUAUUCUACUGCUAAGGGCGAUUUUGGACGUGAACCUACCGAAGUUCCUUAAUCACGACUUACCGCUGUUUGAUGGUAUAAUUUCCGAUUUAUUUCCUGGCGUGGUGUUGCCGCAGGCGGAUUAUUCGGUUCUGAGGGGUGCGAUGGUGACCUGCGCCAACAAGAGACGUUUGCAGCCAAAAGAGAGUUUUCUGAUAAAAAUCAUUCAGACUUAUGAGAUGAUGAUCGUGCGGCACGGGUUUAUGCUGGUCGGGUACCCCAAUGCGGGUAAAACCUCCACUCUACGGGUUUUGGCCGAUAGUUUGACGCUGCUGAACAAGCAGGGGCACGGGGAGGAAAAGGUGGAAACUCUCACCCUGAACCCCAAAUCCAUAACGAUGGGUCAACUUUACGGCCAAUUCGACCCGAUCUCCUACGAGUGGACCGACGGCGUGGUCGCUACCGGAUUUCGUAACUUCGCCACCGACCUCAGCCCCAACAGGAAAUGGAUCAUUUUCGAUGGUCCAGUGGACGCUGUCUGGAUCGAGAAUAUGAACAGCGUACUGGACGAUAAUAAGAAACUUUGCCUUAUGUCCGGAGAGGUUAUGUCUAUGACCAACUGUAUGUCACUGAUUUUUGAGGCGAUGGAUCUGGAACAAGCUUCACCCGCCACUGUGUCCAGGUGCGGAAUGAUUUAUAUGCAACCGGAAACGCUCGGCUGGAGACCGUUUGUGGAUUCUUGGUUGCCCACUUGCAAUCCGGAGUGGUGUUCCGGGGAACAAAGGCAGUACGUUAGUGCACUCAUUGACUGGAUGGUGCCGCCCUGUUUGGAGUUCAUCAAGGGUAAAUGUGUUCAAUUUUGCAAUCCCGGCGAAAUUUGUCUGGUGCAAAACUUCAUGUGCAUGCUGGAAAUGCUACUGAACGACGCCUGCAAAGCGAGCACGAAAAAAGAAGAGGAAUUUAAGAACAUGUACAUCUGGAUCCAAGCGAGUUUAAUUCAGGCGGGAGUUUGGGGACUCGCCUCCAUAUUGGACUUUAAUUCGAGGCAAAUGUUUGACGAGUACUACAAGCAACUGUGGAGGAACCAAAUCGAGGACCAACAGUAUCCCGAGUACUUGGAGGAAAAGGUGGAGAUCGCUAUACCUAACGAAGGGAUUCUGUUCGAUUAUGCUUAUAAUUAUAAAAUGAAAGGAAACUGGAAAUACUGGCCGGAAAUCGUGAGAAGCGAGAGGGUCGACGAGUGCAAGAACAUCUUACAGGCCCUUAUACCCACAGUCGAUACAGUCAGGUACAUGAACCUAGUGGACAUGCACAUUCGCUACAAGAAACGUCUUCUACUCAUGGGUCCCACCGGUACCGGCAAAAGUUUCUACAUCCAGGACCUCCUGAUGAGCGGCCUGGAUAAAGAAAAAUUCGAACCGGGAUUCAUCACUUUUACCGUCCAAAUCACCUGCAACCAGACCCAAGAUUUGGUCAUUUCCAAGCUGAAUAAACGACGCAGGGGCCACUAUGGGGCCCACAAGGGUAAAACCGCCGUAUUAUUUAUCGAUGAUGUUAAUAUGCCUUUUAAGGAACAAUACGGGGCCCAGCCCCCUAUAGAACUGCUCAGGCAAUUUUUCGAUCAUAAAAACUGGUACGACCUAAAAAACACCGAACCGAUCUACUUGCACGACGUGCUGUUCAUGGGGGCGAUGGGCCUAGUGGGGGGCAGCAGACAAGACGUUUACCCUCGUUUCCUAAGGCACUUUAACAUAUUUUCCAUAAACGAGUUCAGCGAGGAGAGUAUGUCGAAGAUAUUCUGUAACGUUCUCCUGUUGGGUUGGAAGAACAACGGGUUUCCUUCGGAGAUCAUUUCGGUGGUGAACCAGACGGUGGCGGCCACCCUCGACAUUUAUAAGGCGGCCAUAGAGAACUUGAGACCCACCCCGUCGAAGAGUCACUACGUCUUUAAUUUGAGGGAUUUUUCGAGGUUAAUUCAAGGUUGCGCUAUGUUACGCAAAGAAUCCGCGGACAACAAGAAAACAUUCUCGAAAAUUUGGGUCCACGAGGUGCUCAGGGUUUUCUACGACCGCUUAAUCGAGCAACAGGACAAGGACUGGUUGUACGGAAAACUGCGCAACUGUGUCAAGGACAACUUUAGGGACAUUUUUGAGCAGCUUUUUGAUAAUUUCCCUAGAGAUCAAAAUGGUUUGGUGCAGCAAGAGUCCAUGAAAAACUUAAUGUUUGGCACGUAUUUCGACCAGGAUUCUGAUGAGGAUAAACGAUACGAAGAAGUGGCCGACCUGGAGGCUUUUAGGAACCUCAGUCAGAACUGUUUGGACGAGUAUAACGCCACCCAUAAAACCAAAAUGGAUAUUAUCUUGUUCGACUACGCUUUGGAGCAUUUAUCUAAGAUUUGCCGGGUGUUAUCCAUGAAUUGCGGAAGCGCUUUGCUAGUGGGAAUUAGUGGUUCGGGACGUCAAUCCUUGACGAGAUUGGCCAGUGAAAUCUACGGACACACCUUGUUUCAACCGGAAAUCACUAACAAAUACACCAUAUUAGACUGGAGGGAUGAUAUUAAGAAAAUCUUGAAAGAGUCCGGGGGUAAAGGGAAGCACAGCGUUUUCCUUAUAUCAGAGGGCCAAAUUAAGGAGGAAAACUUUCUGCAGGAUGUUGAUUGUUUACUGAAUUUAGGGGAGGUACCCAAUAUGUAUCAAAUCGAUGAGAAACAAGAGAUUUUGGAUAUGGUACGAUUGGCGGCGCAAGGCGGCAACAGAAACCUGGAAAUCAGUCCCCUGGAAGUAUUCUUCUUCUUUACCAAACGCUGCAAAGAACGCCUCCAUAUUAUCCUGUGUUUUAGCCCGGUGGGCUCCACCUUCAGGAAUCGUCUCCGAUUAUAUCCCUCUCUGAUCAAUUGCUGCACAAUCGACUGGUUCGAAUUGUGGCCGGAGGAGUCUCUGAUCGAAGUCGCCCAUAACUGGAUGGCCGAGAUCAAUUUAUCUGAUGAAAUCAAGCGGGUCUCCGUGGAGGCUUGUCAAUAUUUCCACGUGAAAUCCAUCAAAGGUUCGAACGAGUUUUACGAGAAAACCAAUAGGAAAACUUACAUAACCUCUGCCUCUUACUUGGAGCUGAUCAAAUCGUUUACGGUGUUAACAAAUAAGAAACAGACGGAAAUUAUGGCCGCGAAGAAUCGCUAUUUGGGCGGUUUGGAGAAAUUGCACCACGCCUCGGUGAGCAUCAGUGAAAUGCAGAAAUCGUUGGCCGAGUUGCAGCCGCAAUUAAAGGAAAUGAGCGAAAAAGCCACCGAGAUGCUGAAGAAAAUCGAGAAGGAAACUCUAACGGUCGAGAAGAUUUCCGCUGUGGUCAGAGAGGAUGAGAAGGUGGCGAAUAAACAAGCGGCAGCGGCGCAAGCGUUAAAACAAGAGUGCGAGGCGGAUUUGGCCGAGGCGAUGCCGAUCUUGAACGACGCCAUAGCCGCCCUCGACACCUUGAAACCUGCCGAUAUCACUUUGGUGAAAUCGAUGAAAAACCCCCCCGACGCCAUUAAAUUGGUGAUGGCGGCGGUUUGUAUCAUUAAGGGGAUGAAACCCGAUCGAGUUCCGGACCCUUCUACUGGCAGAAUGUUGCUGGACUAUUGGGGACCCAGUAAAAGGUUAUUGGGCGACAUGAAUUUCCUACAAUCCCUGAAAGACUUCGACAAAGACAACAUAAAGCCCGACGUAAUGGCGAAACUACGAAAAGAGUAUCUGUCCAAUAAGGAUUUUAAACCGAAUGUGGUGGCCAAGGCGAGCAGUGCCGCCGAGGGGCUCUGCAAAUGGAUUAUCGCAAUGGAAAUGUAUGAUAAAGUGUACAAGAUCGUGGCACCGAAAAAGGCGAAACUGGAUGCCGCCGAGAAAGAGUUUGCGCAAAUGAUGGAAAUGUUGACGGAAAAGAGGAACGAGGUGAAGAGGUUGGAGCAACAGUUGGCGGAAUUGAACGAGAAACUCGACGAAGCCUUGAAGAAACAGAAGGAGCUACAGGACAGCGUGGAGUUGUGCAAUAAUAAGUUGAUUAGGGCACAGAAGCUUAUUGGUGGCUUAGGUGGUGAGAAAGUGAGAUGGACAGCUUGCGCGGACGCUCUACAACUCCAAUACGACGGUUUAGCGGGAGAUAUGCUGCUGGCCUGUGGAAUCAUUUCUUAUUUAUCGCCGUUCAACAGCAUUUUCCGAUCUAGUUUGGUGAAUGACUGGCAUAAAUACGUGAAACAAUUGAAAAUUCCCACGGCGGACGUUUUCAGCAUGGUCUCCGUACUUGGAUCAGACGUUAAAAUUCAGCAAUGGUAUAUUAGCGGGUUGCCUAGGGAUGAUUUUUCUACGGAAAAUGGUAUAAUUAUGGAUAAUUCCAGAAGAUGGUCCUUGUUUAUCGAUCCGCAGGCGCAAGCGAGCAGCUGGAUAAGAAAAAUGGAAAAAUCCAACAAUUUAGAAGUGGUCAAGUUCUCCUAUUCGGAUUAUAUGAAAAAAAUCGAGACAUGCGUGCAACUCGGAUAUCCGGUUCUGAUAGAGAGUAUUGGGGAGGAACUAGAGGCUGCCCUGGACCCUCUACUAUACAAGAAAACGUAUAAACAAGCGGGCAUUGAGGUCAUCAGUGUAGGCGAAGACGUUAUCGAAUAUAACAAGAAUUUCAGGUUAUACAUGACGUCAAAGCUAAGAAAUCCCCAUUAUUUACCGGAGGUGUUCAAUAGGGUCACUAUUAUUAACUUUGCAUUGACUUUGGAGGGACUACAGGACCAAUUGUUAGGUAUCGUCGUUGCCGUAGAAAAGCCGGAACUCCAACAACUAAAAGAGGAACUCAUAGUACAAAAGGCGGAAAACAAGGCCGCCCUGGAAAACACCGAAGAGAAAAUCUUAAAAACCUUGUCGGAAACUAAGGGGGACAUCUUAGAGGACGAGACGGCCAUCCAGAUCUUGGACGAUUCCAAGAUUCUGUCGGCAGAAAUCCGGGAGAAGCAAGAGAAAUCGUUUGAAAUCGAAAAAUCCAUCGAGGAGUUCAGAGUGAAGUACCAAGGGGUGGCCGAUCAUUCGGCCGUGCUUUAUUACUGUAUAUCCGAUCUGGCCAAUGUGGAUCCGAUGUACCAGUACUCCCUCGAAUGGUUUAUCAAUUUAUACAUCGGAUCCAUACAAAAAGCGGAAAAGUUCCGGAGUAUAGAGAAACGUUGCCAGAGUUUAAUUAACGCGUUCACUUUCGACUUGUACAACAACAUCACCAGGUCGUUGUUCGAAAAGGACAAGCUGCUGUUUUCCUUUCUUUUGUGCUCGAAAAUAAUGAUCGCCCAGAAUAAGUUGAACGAGAAGGAAUUUAUGUUUUUCCUCACCGGAGGGGUGAGCGUGGAAAACCCUUUGGAGAACCCUUGUAAGCAUUGGCUGCCAACGAACUCUUGGGACGAGAUUUGUCGGUUGGACGAUUUAACCAUUUUCAAGGGGUUUUUGAAGAGUUUCUACUCGAAACACGAGGAGUGGAAGAAGAUUUAUGACAAUUAUAGUGAGGACUUGGUGUGGCCGGAACCGUGGCACAGUUCUUUGUCCAAUUUUGGGCGGCUCAUUCUAAUAAGAGUCCUACGUCCCGACAAACUAACCAGAGCCAUCCUGCUGUUCGUCAAAAACGAACUGGACGAGCGUUUCGUGCGUCCCCCGCCCUUCAAUAUCGCCCUUUCGUACGGCGACUCAUACUCGCUCUGUCCUUUGAUUUUCAUUCUCUCGCCCGGCAUCGAUCCCAUGGCCGCCCUGGUCAAAUUUGCCGAAGAAAUGAAAAUGUCCGAGAGAUUUCGUUCGAUUUCUUUGGGUCAAGGUCAAGGUCCGAUGGCCCAGGCGAUGAUCGAAGAGGGCCAGGAAACCGGCUCGUGGGUCUGUCUCCAGAAUUGCCAUCUGGCCACCUCCUGGAUGCCCAGCCUGGAGAAGAUCUUCGAGGGUCUCGACUACUCGAACACCCACGACCAAUUCCGGUUGUGGUUGACCAGUUAUCCGUCUAAUAAGUUUCCGGUUUCCUUGCUGCAGAAGGGGGUGAAAAUGACCAACGAGCCACCCACAGGGUUGCAGAACAACUUGCUGAAGUCAUAUAUCAACGAUCCGGUGAAAAAUCCGGAUUUUUACAACGGCUGCGAGGGGCACGAGGAAAUGUUCGCGCGGCUCCUCUACGGUUUGGCAUUUUUCCACGCGGUGGUGCAGGAACGACGGACUUUCGGCCCCCUGGGCUGGAACAUCCCCUACGGGUUCAACGAUUCAGAUUUCGACAUAUCGGUGCAGCAAUUGCAAAUGUUCAUUAACGAGAGCGAGAAUCCUUUCGAGGCGCUCUCUUACCUCAUCGGAGAGUGUAAUUAUGGAGGUAGAGUAACGGACGAUUGGGACAGAAGACUGAUAGUAACCAUCCUCGAGGACUUCCUGAAUCCGAAAAUCGUCUCCAAAAAGAGUUACGUGUUCAGUAAAGUGGGCGACUGUUACGGUUUACCGGAGAAAAUCGAGUACCCGGAAUUCAUCCGACAUAUCCAGACUUUGCCCGCCCUACACCCGCCGGAAGUUUUCGGGUUGCACACGAACGCGGGGAUCACCAGGGACCUACAGGACUCCCGGCUGUUGCUCAGUUCGGUUUUGAUGGCUUAUGGGGAAACGUCGGGAGGUGGAGGAGGAGAUACGGAUAACUUCAUCAGCACCGUCUGCUCGGACAUCUUAUCAAAAGUCCCAGACCCGUUUAACAUUGCCGAGGCCUACAAGAAAUACCCGGUGGAAUAUACCGAGUCCAUGAACACUGUCUUGGUGCAAGAAAUGGAGCGGUUCAAUAAACUUCUGAGGACCAUCAAGGGCUCCUUGGUUACCAUGUUAAAGGCCCUUCAAGGAUUGGUAGCAAUGUCCCCCGCCCUAGAGGCUUUCGCCACCUCCCUAAUCCUGGCAAGGCUACCGACCGAAUGGACGGCCGUUUCCUAUCCCUCCUUGAAAAAUCUCCCCAAUUACGUCGGGGAUUUUCUGAGUCGCCUGGAAUUCUUACAAAAGUGGUUCGAAUCCGGCAAACCGGCCACUUAUUGGGUGUCCGGGUUCUUUUUCACUCAAGCCUUCCUCACCGGAGUGAAGCAGAACUUUGCCCGGAAGUACACGAUCCCGAUCGAUAAGUUGACUUUUGACUUUGACAUUCUGAAGACUGACGUGGUAGAGGCCGCGCCCCCAGAUGGCGCCUACAUCUACGGACUAUUUACCGAUGGGGCGAGGUACGAUCGGACUAAGGGGGUGAUCGCCGAGCUUUUACCGAAGGUACUCAAUGACGUCAUGCCUCAAAUAUGGAUCAUACCGAUCAAAAUGGAUCAGUACAAUCCAGGUUCUCGCUACUUAUCCCCGGUAUAUAAAACCUCUGCUCGAAGGGGGGUGUUAUCCACCACCGGUCACUCCACCAAUUACGUGUUGCCAAUUUUAUUGAACACCCUGGAGCCUCCCUCUCAUUGGAUCAAAAGGAGCAUGGCCCUGUUAUGCCAACUGGACUAGAUGCAUUCCGAUUUUAUUUUAUUUUAUUUAUUUUAAGGGUAAUUUUAUAAAUAAAUUAUUAUUAUUUGUC